GAACCUUAUGGAAUGCGGUUUCAGUGGUGAAAUCCCUGAGUCCAUAGGAUCUCUAGAACAACUUAUAACUCUAUCCCUUAACUCAAAUAAAUUUAGUGGAACAAUUCCAGCUUCCAUUGGACGAUUAUCUAAACUAAAUUGGUUUGAUAUAGCUGACAAUCAGAUCGAAGGAACCAUUCCAGUUUCUAAUGGGACUUCUUCACCAGGACUGGACAUGCUUCUUGAAACUAAGCAUUUUCACUUUGGAAAUAACACGCUUUCUGGGGAUAUCCCAGAAAAGCUCUUCUCCUCAAACAUGACUUUAAUACAUGUGCUAUUCGAUGGAAACCAGUUCACAGGCAAAAUCCCGAACAGCCUCGGCCUCGUUAAAACGUUGACAGUGUUACGCCUUGAUAGGAAUAAACUAACAGGAGAUAUUCCUUCAAGUCUAAAUAAUCUCACAGAUCUGAAUGAACUGUACUUGGCUGACAACAGACUUACAGGUAGCCUUCCAAAUUUAACAAGCUUGGCCAAUCUCUACACAUUAGAUGUGAGCAAUAACCAAUUGACAUUCUCACUGAUUCCAUCAUGGAUCUCUACAUUAAGGUCCCUGUCAACAUU